UUCCAGAGCUCGUGGGCUCCUGGGGGGCAGCGGUUGCCUCGUCACCAGGUCCAGGAGGCCAGCACUGGGUGCCCGACUGGGAGCCUUUAAGAGGCCGAAGCAGUAUGGAGAGUGAACAGAGAGUUUCCCGAAAAGGCCGCAAGCUGGGCUCCAGCCGCCGCCGGCAGAUGAGAGAAGCAGCCGAUAGCCUGGAUGCUGCUGCGGCCUCAGAGCCAGAGUCCUGGUCCUCCCAGGUGGCUGCCGAAUUGCAAGCCUUCUUCCAGGACUGUGGUGCCAAGGAGAGGGGCUUUGUCACCCGCGAGGACCUGGCGGUGGCCAAGUUCAGCUUCCUGAGUGGCGAGGACGAGCUGGAGAUGAUCUUUGACUGGGUGGAUGUGGAGCAGAAGGGACGCCUCUCCCUUGAAGAAUUCAGCUCUGGGCUCAAGAACGUCUUCGGCUCCGGCACCCACGGGGUCCGCAGAAAGAGGCCAGUGCCCUCCAAGAGGGAAUCUGCAGCCGUCAGCCUCCCGGUGCUGGAGGAGGCUGACCCUGAGGAGAAGGAGGCGUUCUUCGCAUUCAUACAGCAGCUGGGGGCAGGCCACUUACUUCCCGAGCAGGCAGAGAUCUGGCAGCUGUGGGGGAAGCUGCGGCAGGAGGAGCCCCAGCUGGCAGGCAACCUGGAGGGCUUUCUGGCCAGGAUGACCAGCCGCCUGCAGGAGGCACAGGCCGACAAAGAGGCUUUGGAGCUGACCCUGCGGAAGCGGGAUUCUGAUCACCAUCGAGAGGUGCAACAGCUCUAUGAGGAAAUGGAGCAGCAGAUCCUCCGGGAGAAGCAGCAGCUGCAGGCCGAGAGCGACUCCCGGGGCCUGGCCUUCAGCUCCCAGAUGCAGGAGGUCCUGGAGGCCAAGGAGCGUGAAUUUCAGCGGCUGACUGAGGGCCAGAGGGAGCUGGAGGCCCAGGUCCAGUUCCUCAGCAGCACACAUCAGGAGGCCAACGCGGAGAACCGGCAGCUUCGGGAGGCUGAGCGUGACCUGGCUGGGCGGCUGGAGGAGGCACAGGAGCAACUGCAGGUGACCAGGGGGCGUCUGAAUGCCGCCAGGGGCCACGUGUCCUGGCAGACGGAGGAGGAACCAAGUGUCCCCAGGGCAGGUGAGGAGAAAGCUCCAGACACCAAGGCAGUCUCCUCAGAGGAGGCCCCCCUGCCUGGACUGUUUGGGGAUGAGGAUGACUGGGACCAGCUCCUGAACAGCUUCAACACCUCCUCGCGCAGAGCCCUGCAGCUCUCCUGGAGCCCACCCUCCACCCCGAGAGCCCCGGCAGGCCCCCAGACGCCCCGAGUAGUCAGGCAGAUCUCCAUCUCGGAGCUGCAUUCUUUGCCGUUUGGUCAGGGGCCACCUUCAGAUCUGGAUGGGGCUCCAAGGAGCCCCACGGGGGCGCCCUCCAGGGCCACGGAGGGGAAAGGAGUGGACGUGGGUGGGCAGGACAUCAGUCCAGAGCAGCCUGUCCAGCCUCACAGCCUGGAACCUAAGGAGGAGUCAGGGCCCGGCCCCGAGACCAUCUUCCACGGGAGUUCCCCAGGGGCCCCGAGUGAGGAGUCAGGGAGCCUAGUGGCAGCUGCACUCAAAAUGCUCAUUCCUUUGGAGGAUGCACCCCCUCCCCCGGUGACCUCCUCUCCUCCCCAGGCCCCAGCUGGGCCCAGCGAACAGCUCCAGGCCUCAUACUCAGAUGACAAGAGCCCAGAGCCCGGGCCUGUCCCAGUCAAGCCGCCCAGGCAGAGAGAGGCCCUCCUCCAUCAGGACCCACACGCUGCUGGCUCUGAGCCAGGACUGGGGUCCCCAGGAGCCGGAACCCCCACACCGGGGCUGGUUGAGCCCUCCCAGGAUCCGGAGCCUGUGGGUCGGGCUCCCACAGAGGGAUUGGAGCAGGGCCAGCUGGGCCCUGGUGUGCAGGAGGGCCAUCUUGGAGGGCCAAGAGAAGCUCACAGCCAGGUCCUCGGGCCAGAAGGCCUGUCCACCCUUUCCCGCAAGAGUCUAGAAGAAGAGCCCAAGGUCGAGGAAAGGAAACAGGUGGAUCAAGGAAGCCUAGACCUCAGUUCAGGGCAGUCCACUGAGGCUCAUGGCCUGAAAACGGGGUAUUCAGAACACCCCCAGCAAGACGGUCUGCCUGCCCCUCGCCCACAUGAUGUACCGCAGGCUCAGGCUGAAGCAGGGGCCCCUGCUUCUAGAAAACAGUCACCUCCACUGGACUCUCCCCAUGAAGGGGCUCAGCGCGGGGAUGGAGCAGGGCCCCGGGAGCCCACACAGAACCUCCCCACCAUGGUUGAGCUGGAAACCCACCCCAUGCCCUCACCUACAGCUGCUCAUACAGAAGAACAAGGCUCCCUACGACCCAGGGAGCCAAAGGCAGAGAACAGGCCUGAAGACCCAGGAAGUGACUCCAAGGAGGCUGAGCUGACCCCAUCCUCAGGGUCCCUCACUGCCAACGAGCUUCCAGCCAACCCUGAUUACCUCUUUCACAUCGUCUUCCUGGGAGACUCAAACGUGGGCAAAACAUCCUUCCUACACCUGCUGCACAAAAACACCUUCACCCCUGGGCUGGCAGCUACUGUGGGCGUGGAUUUUCGGGUCAAAACUCUGCUGGUGGACAACAAGUGCUUCGCGCUGCAGCUCUGGGACACGGCUGGCCAGGAGAGGUACCACAGCGUGACUCGGCAGCUACUCCGCAAGGCUGAUGGAGUGGUACUCAUGUACGACGUCACCUCCCAGGAGAGCUUUGCCCACGUGCGCCACUGGCUGGACUGUCUCCAGGACUCAGGGUCCGAUGGGGUGGUCAUGCUUCUCCUGGGAAACAAGAUGGACUGUGAGGAGAAACGGCAGGUGCCCACCGAGGCCGGGCAGCAGCUGGCCCAGGAGCUGGGAGUCUCCUUUGGGGAGUGCAGCGCCGCCCUAGGUCACAAUAUCCAGGAGUCCAUGAUGAACCUGGCCCGGUCACUCAAGAUGCAGGAAGACCGUCUGAAGGACUCCCUGGUGGAGGUGGCCCCCAAGAGGCCUUCCAAGAGCUCUGUCUGCUGCUUCUGACCAUCUGGCCCAGCCAGGACAGGACGGCACCCCUCGGGUUUCCUGUUCCUCGACUCCUGUCCCACCUGCCUGGACACAGCAAUGACAGAGACGGCCAGCUCGGAAGUUCAGGAAAACCCCUCCUCCGGUCAGGACU